AUGAGUCAGAGGGUGCUAGGUCAGGAGAAGAGUCAGAGGGUGCUAGGUCGGGAGAAGAGUCAGAGGGUGCUAAGUCGGAAGAAGAGUCAGAGGGUGCUAGGUCGGAAGAAGAGUCAGAGGGUGCUAGGUCGGGAGAAGAGUCAGCGGGUGCUAGGUCAGGAGAAGACUCAGAGGGUGCUAGGUCGGGAGAAGAGUCAGAGGGUGCUAGGUCGGGAGAAGAGUCAGCGGGUGCUAGGUCAGGAGAAGAGUCAAAGGGCACUAGGUCAGGAGAAGAGUCAGAGGGUGCUAGGUCAGGAGAAGAGUCAGAGGGUGCUAGGUCGGGAGAAGAGUCAGCGGGUGCUAGGUCAGGAGAAGACUCAGAGGGUGCUAGGUCGGGAGAAGAGUCAGAGGGUGCUAGGUCGGGAGAAGAGUCAGCGGGUGCUAGGUCAGGAGAAGAGUCAGAGGGCACUAGGUCAGGAGAAGAGUCAGAGGGUGCUAGGUCAGGAGAAGAGUCAGAGGGUGCUAGGUCGGAAGAAGAGUCAGAGGGUGCUAGGUCGGGAGAAGAGUCAGAGGGUGCUAGGUCAGGAGAAGAGUCAGAGGGUGCUAGGUCGGAAGAAGAGUCAGAGGGUGCUAGGUCAGGAGAGAUAA